AAACUUAUUUUUCACCUUCAAACAUAAAUAGGUAAAAAUUGAAAAGCAUUCUUCAUUAUAUAUAUCCUCACAUUUUAAUGAAGUCAAAAAACAGAUUUAUAAGUUGGGCCCUUUUUUCCCAAUAGCAAUAAUAUGGGCUCAACUUAUUAAAUAUGAGGAGAAGAUUUCAAAUUUCAUUGCUUUGUGUAAUCUGCAUUAGAUACUUUCAAUAUGAACUAAUCCAUGCAAUAAUUGACACUAAGAUGAGUCAACAUAAAAACUGAAAAAUUUACUAUGAAGGAAAAAAUAAUUAAUGUUGGACUAGACCACAAUCAACAAGUCAUAAAUUUGUAUCUACAAUUUUUUUAUAUAUAAAUUAUAUCUGUGAGAUUUUUGAAACUCCCAUCACAAAAAAAAUAAUAAUCAUGAAACUCCAUUACUUCAUCUUACUCUAUCUUGCAAGUCUCUCUCAUUUUGCGCAAUCCAAAAAUGAUGGUUUUAGCAUUGAACUCAUUCAUCGCGAUUCACCAAAAUCGCCAUUCUAUAACCCUGCCUUAAAUCAAAGGCAACUAAUGUACAACGCGUUACAACAUUCCAUCAAUCGGGCAAGUUUCUUAUGGUCUAAAUUAUCAACUUCUAUAAUUCCUGAUAUACACGGAGUAUAUCUCACGAAAAUUUCAAUUGGCACUAAACCAAGGGCCAAACUAGUUGCUGUUGACACAGGUAGUGAUCUUAUAUGGAUACAAUGUGAACCUUGUGUCCAUUGCUACGAACAACGAACUCCAAUUUUCAAUCCGCAAAAUUCGUCUACAUAUAGACCAAUUACUUGCAACUCUACUGAAUGCACGAGUCUUCCGGGAGGCUCUUGUUAUACGAGGAGAAAUACAUGUUUAUAUUCUGCUAGAUAUAACGAUGAAUCGUACAGCUAUGGUGAUCUAGCUAGUGAGACGUUCACAUUUGACGAUGCAACAAAUACUACUCAUCCAAUCAGAUUGUCUAUGUCCAACAUAACUUUUGGUUGUGGAUGGAUGAAUGAUAUCACUACACUUGAUACUGAACCAGCUGGAAUUAUUGGACUUGGAGCUUCACCUUAUUCACUUGUGUCCCAAAUUAAAUCCAAAUUUGGGCAUAAAUUUUCCUAUUGCUUAGUCCCAUUUUUCCAAUUAAAUGUGUCUAGUAGAUUGAGUUUUGGUGAAAAUGAAGCCUUGAUUUCUUCAACUAAACAUAUGGUUACAACCCCAUUAUUUUUGAAACCUCCAAAGGUAUAUUAUUUCCUAAAGUUACUAGGAAUCACCAUUAGGAAUACAACGAUUCGAUUUCAUAACACAUCGAAGAAAGCUCACAAGGGAGGGAAGAUUGCUAUAGACUCGGGGACAACGUUUACGUUUUUACCAACACAUAUGUACUCAGAGAUGGAGAGAAUAAUGAAGCGCGAGAUAAAAUUGAAGCCUCUAAGAAGCAACACAACGCGAUUUUUGCGAUUGUGUUAUCAAGGAUUGGGUGUUUCAGAUGUUCCUCCGGUGAUAUUUGAAUUUCAAAAUGCAAAAUUGGAGUUGGAAGCGUUAAAUAGUUUUGUUAAUAUUGGAAAUGACGUUAUUUGCCUUGCUUUUGCUCCAGCAAAACAUUUGCCUAUAUUUGGGAAUAUAGCACAAACAAAUUUCUUUGUUGCCUAUGAUCUUGACAAGAAGACUGUUUCAUUUAAACCCCAAAUUUGUGCCAAAUUGUAACAAGGUUUAUAUGUCUGAUAUUUAUAUGAUUAUAUCUAUCUAAAAGUAUGUGAUUGGACUCUUCAAUUUCCAAAUAAACACAUAAAUUAUAUUCGCUCGGUUUCUUUUUACUUGUUCAGUUUUUUUUUCUUUUUUUUACUAAUCAAGAAAGAACAUUUUUACUCUAUUGUCUUUGAAAAAUUUAGUAAGUAAAGAUACUUGAAAUUCAAUCAAUAAAAUAGGGGUAAAAUGAUAAACACACUAUAGCAAUCA